AUGCCCGACCCCGGCCGCCGCAGCAUGACUGAGAAGGUCUUCUGCACCCUCCAGCCCAACUCGACAAAGUCCGAGGCGCGCCUCGAGGCCGAAGAGAUCGACAAGCAGCGCGAUAUCAAGACCCGCGCCACUGUCCCCGCUGAGCACAAGAGCACGACGCAGAAGAUUGCCGACAUGAUUUCGCCCGGACGCAAGGACGGUCCGGGGCACUAG